AAGAGAUGGUGAGGAGGUUUCAACGAAAAAAGAAGAUUGUGGAGCCUUACUUGAAAAUUUUGGAUACUCGUUGGGAUUCACAACUUAAAAAAAUUCUUCAUGUUGGCUAUUGGUUAAACCCUGCUUUUCGAUUCAAUGCUGCUGAAUUUGAAAAACAUAAGCAAACCACUUCUGGUCUACUAGAUGUAAUUGAGAAAUAUUCAUAUGAUGAUCCAGAGUUGAAUACUAAGUUGACAAGUGAGACGAGAAUAUAUUCUAAUGCUGAAGAUGAAUUUGGAAGACAAUCUGCACUGCGUGAACUAAGCACAGUGAUGCCAGCUCAAUUAAAUUUGGAAGAUGACCAAGUAACAAUGCUAUGGAAGAUAUGGAUGCAAAUCAAAAUGAGGGAAAUGUUGAUCAAGCUCCUAAUUUGUCCAAUGAAGAUGUUGAUGCCGACUUUGAGCUCACCCCUUGGACUUAAUUUAAUGAUUGUGUUAUCUUUAACUUGCUCUUGUUGAUUUAAAUUAAGAACAUAUUUUAUACUAGAGACUAGUUUAUUA